AUGGAGUCGAGCACAGGAUACUUCGAAUAUAACCCACUAGCUAAGAGGUUCAUACAAAUAUCGUCGAUGCUGGUGGCAGGACAGAUGUUCGGAAAGGCGGCCUGCGAAAACAUACAGGACCUGAUGGACCUGACCUGGGGAGGAAACGAACCGUGCUCGGCCUGCGGAGGCUACGGAGACUGCAGGUGGUGUGACAGCUGCGGAAUCGUCCUCCACGACGGCAACAACUGCGGAGACUUCUACGUGAACAAGAAGGGGCAGAAUUUGUGCACGCUGUGCCAAAACAGCGACCACAGGUACAAAUGGUAUGUGUCGAGUAAUAUGGAGAGAGAAAAAUUGGCAAUGGAGUUGUGGACGCUGAGAAUGAAAAAUAAAAUGGAUAAAAUAUACGAAAUGUUGUAUAAUUUGUGUAAUAGAGGCACAAAUGGAAAUCAAAAACAAGAAAAAGGAAUUGAAGAGGAUUUAACGAGUAGAGAAUAUGAUAAAUUGUACAUGGAUGAGAAAAGAAUGGUGUGUACGGGAGAAGAAUACAAAAUAUAUAAAAGGGACCGAAAUGAGUACUACAAAAAGCAAAUGGAAGCAAGUAAAUACUGCUAUGAAGCUCUUACAAAAUACGAAUGUUAUACAUAA